AUGAAGAAAUGGUAUAUCUAUGUCCUAUCUGCAUCUCUAUUAACAUUAACAAUACUCGGGUACUUAGUCAUUCAAAAUCCAAUCAGAGAAGCUUACAUUUCAUCACCUCCAUACUUCAACACAACAAACCCUCUCGAAUGGAUAAAUUCCAGUUCCCCCCCUGUUCAAAACCAAACCCCCAACCCUCAAAUUGUCUCCACAGAUGAAAUAGUCUCCACCCUCUUUAUCCACAGAAACAUCUCAUUCAACGAACAACAACCAUUACACACAUGGAACCACUUAAGACACUUAAUAAGCCAUGAUCGUGUUCUUCCUAACACAGUUGAAGCAAUCAAAGAUGGUGGAAUCGCAUGGAAUAACCUCAUGACUACAGUUGAAGAUGAGAAACGUGACAUGAAUAGAAGCUCAGGGGGGAAAAAGAAAGAGAAACAAUGUCCCCAUUUUCUUAGCAAGAUGAAUGCCACAGAGCUUAAUGAUACUGGGUAUAAGUUGAAAGUUCCUUGUGGGUUAACUCAGGGUUCAUCAGUGACAUUUAUUGGCAUCCCGAAUGGGCUUUUAGGUAAUUUUCGAGUUGACUUGACUGGUGAGCCACUUCCAGGUGAACCAGAUCCUCCUGUUAUAUUGCAUUACAAUGUUAGGCUUCAUGGUGAUAAAAUAACUGAAGACCCUGUAAUUGUUCAAAACACUUGGACUAUUGCACAUGAUUGGGGUGAAGAGGAACGAUGCCCGUCUCCAGAGCCUGAUAAAAUUAAGAAAGUGGACGAAUUGGAUCAAUGCAAUGAGAAAGUGGGUAAAGUUGUAAAUACAGGAGCAAAUUCAAGAAGCUAUUUCCCUUUUAAGCAAGGGUAUCUUUCUGUUGCAACUCUUAGAGUUGGAUCAGAAGGCAUACAAAUGACAGUUGAUGGAAAACACAUAUCUUCAUUUGCUUUUCGAGAAACUUUGGAGCCAUGGCUUGUUAGUGAAGUAAGGAUCUCAGGGGACUUGAAAUUAGUGUCUGUUGUAGCAAGUGGUUUGCCUACUUCUGAAGAUUUAGAUCAUAUAAUUGACUUAGACUCUCUCAAAUCCCCUUCAAUUCCUGUUGGAAAAAAAAUUAAUCUCUUGAUUGGUGUCUUCUCUACUGCCAAUAAUUUUAAACGUAGAAUGGCCGUUAGAAGAACUUGGAUGCAGUACGCCGCCGUUAAGUCGGGGGAAGUCGCCGUUCGGUUUUUUGUUGGUUUGCAUAAAAACCGAUUAGUGAAUGAGGAGCUUUGGAAUGAAGCGAAGACGUAUGGAGAUAUACAGUUGAUGCCAUUUGUCGACUACUACAGUCUUAUCUCGUGGAAGACCAUCGCCAUCUGUAUCUUUGGGACGGAGGUUAUCUCGGCCAAAUACGUCAUGAAGACAGACGAUGACGCAUUCGUUCGUGUAGACGAAAUUUUAAAUUCUUUAAAUCGAAUUAACGUGACCAACGGAUUACUUUACGGCUUAAUCAAUUCAGAUUCUCAACCACAUCGAAACCCCGACAGCAAGUGGUACAUCAGCCCCGAGGAAUAUCCCGAAGAAAAUUACCCUCCAUGGGCACACGGACCCGGGUACGUAAUAUCUCACGACAUAGCAAAAGCCAUCAACAACAAACACAAAAAAGGCGACUUAAAGAUGUUUAAACUAGAAGAUGUAGCAAUGGGAAUUUGGAUUAACGAUCUCAAAAAGAACGGUUUAGAAGUAAGAUACGAACAAGAAGAACGAGUCUAUAACGAAGGUUGCAAAGAUGGUUAUGUAGUCGCUCACUACCAAGGACCCCGAGAGAUGCUUUGUCUAUGGCAAAAACUUCAAGAAGGAAACCGCGCGUUUUGUUGCGGAAGUUAACAAAAUUACAAUAAUACCCCUCAGUCCUCACCCCAUUUUGUUGUAUAAUAUCACACGUGUAGUAGCUAGGUAUUCAUAUAGAUACGUAGAUAGAUACGCGUAUUUUAACUACGGAGUUUUCAUUCACGGCAUAAAAAAAGUUUUCAAUAGUCGAUAACACAGAUAAUUAUAACUAUAACAAUAACAAUAAAUGUCAAAAACUUCACAAAAUUAAAAUAAUACACGUAUGAAAUUAGGCAGAAAGACAGCCAAUCCCAUAACGGGUAUUUGGAAACACGAGAAACAAACCGCUACAAACGAUGCCGAUCAUUAACGGAAAGCUUUGCAUAACUUCAUCCAUUUCCUUUGCAUGUCCCGGAAACAGACAAUCUGUUACACGAUGAUCGGAAAGUGCGAUUGACAUGAAAACCAUGGAUGACAUCAUGGCGUGGAUAAAAUCAGAUAACCCGAUUUUGUAUCUGUCGUCUUUUGGGACUUCGAUGUUUGGAUUUGGUUUGAAGACUUUUAACCCUGACGGCGUUAUGAACCCGUAGUGGAUUUUUCCGUCUGGGGAACGGAAACUGUCGGUGAAGUGGAAGAAAAAGCAGGAGAGAGUGCAGAUGGUGAGGAGGAGGUUGAUCAUGAGGGUGGCGACGGCGGAGCAUUGGGAGUUGCCGUAGAUGGAAGGGAGGACCAUUUCGAAAGUGAGGAGGGUUCCGGUGGGGAGGAAGUUUACGAGGAGGGAGGUUUUGGAGAGGGUUUUUUGAACGCCUUUUGAGAGUGUUCGCUGGAGUUUCUUACGUCGGCCGGCGUGUGGUGGAGAUAAGGCGGAGGAGGGCGGUGGUGGUGGAUCUUGGUUGAGUUGUGGAGAUGGGGUGUAGAUUCUGAUACCGGUUUCGUCGGAUUGUUCCAUUUUGGAAGUCGGAAUUUGGAGAAAGUGGAAUGGAAAUGGAGAUUUUAACUUUUAAGUCUUUACCACGCCACCAAGUGGUGGAUUCAAAUUUUGUAAUGGCGGUUAACGGCGAGGAUGAUAACCGCCGGUUAUUGCCGCCCUGCGGGUUUGCAGAUUUUCAAUCUUAACCAGAAUGUUAUUGCGUUUGCUGCAUUUAGUCCCUAUGGUUUGAUGUUUUUGUUAAAAUUAUAUUUUUUUGUAUGUUUUAUUGUUUAAUCGUAAAUCCUUUUAAUAUCACGCGU